AUAAGGGGGCCACCAACUAGGGAAAAUGUCGUCAGCACAUUCCUAUGCUUAUUAUUUGCUUGCUGACCAAUCCACCUUAAGCGUUGUUGCAGGUCAUAGAAAGAAAACCUGCAAAAGCUUAAAACAGGGUCACAGAUUAGUUCCUCUCCAUCAUCAACAAUGGAUUUCAAGGGAUUCCUCUUUCAUCCCAGUUCUUUGACGGAAGCAACUUUGGCUGUGAUUCUGGCUAUCUGCCUAUCCAAAGUUAUUGGCUCCAUACUGGUGGAGAAGAAGGGGAAGAAGAGAUACCAUCCAGUAAUUGGCACCACUCUCAAUCUAAUGCUCAAUUUCAGCAGGCUGCACCACUACCUGACCCACCUUACCACCAAAUACAGAUCCUUUAGAUUGCUUGCCCCUUAUGGAAGCAUGGUUAUCACUGUAGACCCUGCAAAUGUUGAACAUAUCCUGAAGACAAACUUUGCAAACUAUGUCAAGGGAUGGUACCACCAUGAAAUUUUGUCAGAUCUUCUAGGUGAUGGUAUCUUCACUGUGGAUGGAGAGAAGUGGCAGCAUCAGAGGAAGAUUUCAAUAUAUGAAUUCUCCACAAAGAAACUCAAGGAAUUUAGCAGUGGCGUCUUUAGAAACAAUGGAACAAAACUUGCCCAGAUACUAUCCAAAGCUGCAGCCUCAAAUCAAUUGAUAGAAAUCCAAGAUUUGUUGAUGAAAUCAACACUGGACUCCAUAUUUAAGAUCAUUUUGGGUGUUGAUUUGGAUAGCAUGUGUGGAACAAAUGAGGAGGGCAAGCGCUUCUAUGAAGCCUUCGAUGAAGCGAACACAAGGACCAUGUACAGAUAUGUCGAUAUCGUCUGGAAGAUCAAGAAGCUUCUGAACAUUGGUUCAGAGGCACUGUUGAGAGAUAAAAUCAAAGUAGUUGAUGAGUUUGUGUAUAAGCUCAUCCAAAGCAAGAUUGAACAAGUGCACAACUCACAGGAUGAUUCAACUGUGAAAAAACAAGACAUUUUGUCAAGGUUCCUCGAGCUGAAAGAGACAGAUCCAAAGUACUUAAAAGACAUAAUCCUCAGUAUUAUAAUUGCGGGAAAAGACACAACAGCAUCCACCCUUUCCUGGUUUGUUUACAUGUUAUGCAAGCAUCCUCACAUACAGGAAAAAAUUGCACGUGAAGUGAGAGAAGCAACGAAACUGAAAGAUAAUUCAACCCUUGAUGAGCUUGCAGCCAGCAUAACUGAAGAUGCCCUCGACAAGAUGCAGUAUCUACAUGCAGCUUUGACUGAGACACUCAGGCUAUACCCUGCAGUCCCAAUGGAAGGGAAGCUUUGUGAGUCAGAUGACAUCUUGCCAGAUGGAUUUAACGUGAGGGGAGGGAAUACCGUACAUUUCCACCCAUAUGCUAUGGGUAGGAUGAAAUUCCUGUGGGGGGAUGAUGCUGAGGAAUUCCGCCCAGAGAGAUGGCUCAAUGAAGGUGGCAUUUUUCAGCAAGAAAGCCCUUUCAAGUUCUCAGCCUUCAAUGCUGGCCCUAGAAUUUGCCUGGGGAAGGCGUUUGCUUAUCGGCAAAUGAAGAUCUUCUCAGCAGUCCUCUUAGGUGCCUUUGUAUUCAGGCUAAGCGAUGAAAAGAAGGAGGUGAAUUACAAAACUGCGCUGACUCUACACAUUGAUGGAGGCCUCCAUAUCCAAACCUCCAACAGAAUGGAGAAUGGAGGUUCCAUGGAUGUUUAAGCGGGAACCGAAAAAUAGAGUACAAGUAUGCACCUAAACACAAACAUAUAUACAUCUAUCACAUGUAUAAUUACAAUUAAAGUUGUUCAGCAAUCAAACUUUACAACACCAAAGAGUAUGCAAGUUGAGCACGUAAAUUUGUUUCUAUCAAGGCGACUUACGAGUACUAGACAAAUUACAACAGGCUAUGGAGAAAAUUUUUUUUUUUUUGUUGUUAAAA